UUUACUUUCCACUCCACACAGCGCAGACAGAGAGCUCUCACUGUCAGAAGAGUCGCGCACUUGUACUCUUCCUUGAGUGUUUCAUUCAGCAAACCAAACCCUUUAUGCAGUCUUCUUUUUCUUUCUUGCAACAUUGAUAAUUUCCUAAGAUUUUUUUAAGCGCAUCACAGGGCAUCCGCGGUCUCCAGCGCGCCUCCAGCACAGACGCUGAUUCUCUGUCACCCUGCUGCUGCGGUCCUGCGCGCGCCCGCGCAUCGCUGGAGCUGAGAGAUUUUAGUAAGCACCGCAGGACCCAGAACUGCAAAACUGUUUGAAGUAGAGAGCUUCCUCUUAUCCCGUGCGCCCAUGGAAGGCGACGUUAUGGAUAAACUGGAGGACAUGGCCUCAGUGUGCGAGUUCGACCCUAUCACGGGGGAUAUUCCCGCCACCAAAGUGGAGAUCACCGUCUCCUGCAGAAACCUGUUAGAUCGAGACACGUUCUCCAAGUCUGAUCCUUUGUGUGUUCUGUACACUCAGGGAAUGGAGUCUAAGCAGUGGCGUGAGUUUGGGAGAACUGAAGUCAUCGACAACACCCUGAACCCCGACUUUGUGAGAAAGUACAUCCUGGACUAUUUCUUCGAGGAGAAGCAGAAUCUGCGCUUUGACAUAUAUGACAUUGACUCCAAAAGUCCUGAUCUGGCCAAACACCCCUCCGAUUUCAACGACUUCCUGGGUCAGACCUUCUGCACUCUGGGUGAGAUAGUGGGUUCACCAGGCAGUCGUCUGGAAAAGCCUCUUGGUGGCAUCCCUGGAAAAAAUUGCGGUACCAUUAUUCUCACUGCAGAGGAACUCGGAAACUGUCGGGACUGUGCAACAAUGCAGUUCUGUGCCAAUAAGCUGGAUAAGAAAGACUUCUUUGGCCGCUCUGACCCAUUCAUGGUGUUCUACAGAAGUAAUGAGGACGGAACGUUCACUAUCUGCCAUAAAACUGAAGUGGUAAAGAAUACACUGAACCCCGUCUGGCAGCCAUUUACCAUUCCUGUCAGAGCGCUCUGCAAUGGAGACUAUGACAGGUCAAUUAAAGUGGAGGUGUACGACUGGGACAGAGAUGGCAGUCAUGAUUUUAUCGGGGAGUUCACCACCAGCUACAGAGAGCUCUCUCGCGGUCAGAGUCAGUUCAACGUGUACGAGGUGGUAAAUCCUAAAAAGAAACUGAAAAAGAGGAGAUACAUCAACUCUGGCACAGUGACACUGCUUUCAUUCUCAGUGGAGGCCGAACACACGUUCCUGGACUACAUCAAAGCAGGCACUCAGAUCCAUUUCACAGUGGCCAUUGAUUUCACUGCAUCCAAUGGGAACCCUUCUCAGUCUACCUCCCUGCAUUACAUGAACCCCUAUCAGAUGAACGCGUACGCCAUGGCGUUGAAGGCCGUGGGCGAGAUCAUUCAGGACUAUGACAGCGAUAAGAUGUUUCCUGCAUUGGGCUUUGGAGCCAAACUUCCUCCUGAUGGCCGGGUUUCCCAUGAAUUUCCCCUGAAUGGUAAUGUAGAUAACCCAUACUGCAAUGGGAUGGAGGGCAUCCUAGAGGCUUACCAUGAGAGUCUGAAGACUGUCCAGCUCUACGGACCCACCAAUUUUGCUCCUGUCAUUAACCAUGUAGCAAGGUAUGCUGCAGCAGUUCAAGAUGGCUCACAGUAUUUUGUGCUUCUCAUCAUCACAGACGGUGUGAUAUCAGAUAUGGCUCAGACUAAAGAAGCCAUCGUCAAUGCGGCAAAACUACCUAUGUCCAUCAUUAUUGUUGGAGUUGGCCAGGCUGAGUUUGAUGCCAUGGUGGAACUGGACGGCGACGAUGUAAGAAUAUCUUCCAGAGGAAAGCUGGCGGAGAGGGAUAUUGUACAGUUCGUACCAUUCAGAGACUACAUGGACAGGACGGGAAACCAUGUCCUGAGCAUGGCACGGCUUGCCAAGGAUGUCCUGGCUGAGAUCCCGGAACAGUUAAUCUUAUAUAUGAAGUCGAGGGGCAUCAAGCCCAACCAGACACCACCAGACUACAGCCCACCUGGGCUCAGCCCAACCCCCACUGUAUGAGUUUACCCAGCCUGCUGAAAGAAAACAGGCGAUGUUAUGUCACCUCCAAUUUGGAUCUCGUUCAAAGCCAAUACAACUGGUUCAAUGUGAGGCGUCUAGAAGAGCGGAUGGUUUCAAUUGCCGGUUUUGGGAUCUCAUAGACUGGAGAAAUUGAAAACUGUAUCUGUGUUCUGGAGUUUGAACUAAAAAUGACGGUUCUUAUUGGUGUGUGAGUUUGUUCACCCCUCAUAAAUUAGCUAACACUAUGAACAGUUAUAGUUUGGAUCAAUCUCAUUCAGAUUCAUACGUUCGACUGUGCUGAAUAUAUGGAGAAGAUCUGCUCAAGCAAUGCAAUUUUCUGCUUAUUAAACAUCUCUAACAUCUCAACAUCUAUAAAAAAAGCUAUAGCUGUGUGCUAUAUUAGAAACAUAUUCCUUGUAUCCACCAGAGGAGGUAAAUGAGAAAGUGUGGUUUAAAAAAAAGUAAAAUUAUAAGUGGUUGUUUGAAAUAUUAUACCCUGUAUAGGUAAUUGUUUGGUGAAAUGUUUGAUUUGUUUUUAGAAUUUGUAGAUAGUUUGUGUUAUGGUGGUUUUAUUUUUCCACAGGGGUUUGGGUAAAGUCUUUUUAGUACAAAGUACUAUUUCCCAUUGCAGUUUCCCAUUUUUAGAGCUAUGAUAAACAAGAUUUUUUAUUCUAAAGCAUGAGAUCCAGGUAAAAACAAUUGUACAUUGCAUUAAUACAUUGUAUUAAAUGUAUUUACAUACUUUAGAUAAAAUCGGUUAAGAAAAAUCCAGUAUAAAAGUCUAAGAGAAGCACAAAUAUUUUCUUAAAGCUGUAAAAUUUGUAAAUGUUAAGGUCACAGAUUCAGAUUCAUCACACUGUACAUGAAUGAAAUUCCAGGCACAAUCAGCUCUCAAGAACACCAAAUUUACUUUCCACCACCGUUUAAUUUGCCCCUCAAAUUCCUUAAUUCUCUGAAGCCUGUAUAUCUUGAGAUUGUACAGCAGCUUCUCAGACGCACGGGAGCUAUCAGGGGAAACAUGAGAGAUUCCUCGCCGCUCGCUGCUAAAGAUGAUUGGAGAUUUCUCCAAUUUCAGCACUGUCUGACUCACCUGCAUCUGCCCGUGUCCAGCCACGCUGAACCUUUGCUCUCUCAUUGCCGGGAGUCUCCCUAGAGUCUAAAACACUUUUCUACUUUUCACAUGACAGGAAUUAUUACUGGUUUCAAAAGAUGAAAGACACAUCGCAUAAAGCUGAAAUUGCAUUACUCGCAGUGCAAACAUAAUGCCGUUUUGUUUAAAAGUUCAAUAGCAUUGUAACACAAUUAAUUUAAUAAACUUGCCUUACAUACAGUAAGUUUACAUUAAUAGCUGAUAGUAAGCAUACAUUAGAAACAGUAGUUUAUAUGCAGUAUUAUUACUAGGGAAGUGCACGUUGAUUUAUUUUCAGUUAUACAACCUUAAAGACAUUUCAUUAAAUCUCAGAAAAUGUUAGCUAUAAGAUUAGCACUAGAAACACUAAAGUGUAUAAAACCUCUUUUGUCUGAGGUCCAUUUUGAAACUUAAUAAUAAUCGCUAUCACAGACAAAUCUGUAUCUAAUAGUAUAUACUGACUGACUUGCUUUUUUGGACAGCAGGGCCGUUUAUACUUGUUCUUACCCACAGUUUUGAUACAUUUUCUCUUUGUCCAGUAAUUUUGUUGUACCAGUGUUUUGGUUUUAAAACAUUUAUCUGUUAAUACAAUGUAGAUUAUAAACUCUAAAGAUGAACUGCAGUUUGUUUUCAAAUCUGGUUCUGAAACUACAAAUUUGUGAGCACUGAUGUUUACAAAAUGUAAUUUUCCUCCUUUUUUAACCCACUUUUACAACAAGACCGGCAUUGUUCUUUUGCAAAGAUUAAAUUUGAAAAAUAUGCUCCCGGAUAACAAUACAGCGUGUUUAAACGCACCUUUCUUUUACCGUGAGUUAUUAGCGCACCUGGAGUUACAGAGAAUGAAGUGAUCCAUCAAUCAAUUUAGGAGGUGAAAAUUAAGUCUGACAAAGGGAGCAUUGGGUGAAAGGGUUUGUUUGAGAGUGUUAACAGGUGUAUUGAUUUUAAAAAGCUUAUUUACUCUUCACUGGAUAUUGUUAAUGGGUAUUUAAUAACUAGUAGAUAAUAGUCCUUUUACUGUUGGGAAGAACCUUCCCAGAAAGCACACAUACGUCUGCAAGAUGUCUGUUAAAGAUCACUUGAUCUGGAAAGUAUCUUCUGUGUACAAACAUCUGACAUCUGUUUUACAUACAUUGUAAAUCAUAAAGAUCUUAAAAGACAUGUAAUAGAUGUCCUAUUAUCGUAUUGCAGAUGAGCAAACAAUCUAAAAAAUACAUCUUCCAGAUGUCAAAUAGACAUCUCUGUGAUGUACGUGUGCUAUCAGGGUUAUUUUUUAUUUGGUGUGUUUUUUUUUUAUUUUUUAUUUUCAAGGGGCUUUCUAUUGUAUUCUGUUCUCAGAUGUAAACCUGGAAUUUCUACUUGCAUAGAUGUAACCUUUUUUAAAUCCUGUUUGAUAUUUAUGAACGCAUUGCUGCUAGGUGGCUUGUAAAUCCGAAGAACAAAUUACAGGCAUCCUGAAACACACGUAUAUCACUAUCCAGAGAAUGUUAAUGGGUUAUUUUUAUGGCAUGGUGUAAAUUUAGCAAAUACUAUUUCUUUUUUUAUCCCACCCUAAUAAAGCCAGUAAGGCAUACAGUAGUUCACAAAACCAUUACAAAGAGGUAAUAGUAAGAAAAAGUGUAUAUUAUGUGUUAAAGAUGUGGCCCUUGCCCAGUGCCGACGUUCCCUCUGUGAGAUAUGCAUGAUUGUGCCAAAAUGGCCGACGGGUUCAGUGACGAACUGGCCUGUUGCUCUGCGCUAAGCCUCUGCCGCUCGUCUCAUAACCGAAAUACAGAGCAUGACGCAUCCCAUCCUUGCUGGAUUCCUUUUCCUUCUCUCUUUUUCUCUUCUUCUUUACCUCUCUCAGUCGAUAUGCAUGGUGAGCUAUUUCCAAACCGAACAUAGAACAUUGCUGUUGUCAUUCCCGUGGUGUGUGAAAUUUGUAAUGGAUUGCCUUAAACAUGACGAUGAAUAAAACAAUGACAACGUUU